AUGAGAACGUCCAGCCGUUCUCAGUGUUUGUCCUGUCUCUGCGAAAAAGAUUUGCCCGAAGGCGCGCCGAACGUCGUUGCCUCCGCUCGAGUCGCUUGUCAGACGCAGCGCGAACGCGAGAACGAGGGACGCUCCGAGCUUUGUAUCAGGGGGCCAUCGCGGAGUUCCGCGGCUCUUUUCGCCAGCGCAGGCUCGAACUUCUGUUCCUCGUCACCUCGCGUUGUUUCAAGGAACCGCGACAUUCUGCUGCCUCGUCCCGGCUCGAUUCUUCGCCCCGGCUUUCUCGUUCCGUCUUUCUCCGCUCUUUUUCUCUCGAAGAGUCCUCCGGGCGAGGGCCGCGAAGCCCCUCCACUUUGCUGCCGCAAAGAUUUCUCCGUUCGACGAAAUGCCACUCUUCGCAUCACGAGGCGCUCCCAUGCCGCAGGUCGUCUUUUCGACUAA